AAGCUCACCCUUGAGAGCCCCCCCGGCGGGCGAGGGGCUGGUGAGGGGUGGCGGGGCGCCGCCGUGCUGUGUGGAGCCGAGCGUCCAGCCCGCGCCCCAGCUUCCGCCGGGUCAGCUGACCGCCCGAGCCCAGCGGAACUGCGCUCCUGCCGGCCGCCGUGCGCUCUCCACGCCGCGCGCCCCCUCACGCCGCGCGCCCCCACACCGCGCCGCUAAUUCCCCACUCCCGCCGAGUUCUGGCCACCAUGGCUGGACUCGUGGUCUGUGGAACUCAAGUGUCCUACAUAGGCCAAGACUGCAGAGAAAUUCCAGAACACCUUGGCAGGGACUGUGGACAUUUUGCAAAGAGGCUGGAUCUGAGCUUCAACCUUCUGAGGGUGGCUCUAAACAGUCUCCCCAUUUGCUGCCUCAUCUCUCUCACUUGUUUCACCAGCAGUAAAGUGUGGUCACUGGAAGGACUGAGCGCAUUCGGGAGCUUGGAGGAGCUCAUCUUGGACAACAAUCUGCUGGGGGACGACCUUGUGUUGCCAGGGUUACCCCAGCUGCACACCUUAACCCUCAACAAGAACCAAAUUACUGAUUUGGAGUGUCUGCUUGAUCACCUGGCAAAAGCAACACCGGCUCUGGAGUACCUCAGUCUGUUGGGCAAUGUGGCGUGUCCUAAUGAGCUGGUCAGCUUGGAAAAGGAUGAGGACGAUUACAAGAGAUACAGGUGCUUUGUUCUGUACAAGCUGCCCAACUUGAAGUUUCUGGAUGCCCAGAAAGUAACCAGACAAGAACGAGAAGAGGCAUUGCUCAGAGGAGCCUUCAUGAAGGUGGUAAAGCCCAAGGUUUCCAGUGCAGAUGCUGCUGCCUCUUCAGAGCCCCGCCACUACACACCCCUGCCUUCUGCUUCCAGAGAGCUCACCAGUCACCGAGGUGUCCUGGGCAAGUGUCACUAUGUUUACUAUGGGAAGAACUCAGAGGGCAACAGGUUUAUCCGUGACGACCAGCUGUGAAAACUGGUUCUGUGAGCCUCAGCUUUUGUCAUGAAAAUAAAAAAGAAAGCAAAAAUAAAGGAAAAGCUAAAGAAAAACAAGAGUCCACAUUGCAUCUCUGUGGGAAGGCUCCAAUUUCAGCUUGCCAUACCUUGUGCUGACUUUGCCAGGCCUGUCAAGAUCAUCCUGCUGCUUUAGACUGAGUGGUCACAGGGAGAUUGACAUGAUUGCCCUUAAGCAGGGCUCAUCCACUAGGAUGACAGACAGCAGCGUCCGAGCACCGGGGCUGACAGCAUGAA